CAAUACAGAGAUUUCAAAUCAAGAUCUACUAUGGGUAAAGGAGUAGCUUUAAAAGAUGCAUUGAAGAAAUGGGCCGAAAAAACCGGGGAAAAUCCUGCUGAAGCGACUGUUGUCAAGUUAAAUGGUUGGCUGCCUUCCAUAGACAAAUUGGAUCCAUCUUUAGCCACGCUGUUCAACUGUGAGAAGUUGUCUCUUUCCACCAAUAUGGUCGACAAACUUACCAAUCUUAAUGGACUUACCAAACUAAAGAUUCUUUCUGUUGGCAGGAACAAUCUGAAGAGUCUGAAUGGCAUAGAAGCCGUUGCUGAGACACUCGAAGAACUUUGGGCUUCUUAUAACAGCAUAGACAAGCUGAAGCCUCUGGCUUCUUUGAAGAAGCUGAAAGUUUUGUACAUGUCUAACAAUAAUGUAAAGGACAUUAACGAAUUCAAGCACAUGGCUGAGUUGCCAGAAAUCGAGGAUUUUGUGUUGAAAGGUUGCCCAAUAGAAAGUGCCUUGGCUGAAAAUUACAGAAGCAAAGUAGCUGAAGCUUUACCACAACUGAAGAAGUUAGAUGGAACUUCUUUGAUUGCUGCUGAAACAUUAGAAAUGGAAACUUCUUAAAUUUUAGUGGCUCUAGACGGUAAUGACUGAAAAAAUGCAAGCGAAGCUAAUGUUUUUUAUUUGCUUCUUUUCAUAAUAUUUGAAUUUAAUUG